AUGAAGCAUGCCACUGCUGUGAGAGGGAGCGCUGUGAUUGCUGGAGAAGUUACCAUGCUCCGUUCGAAGGCUGAUGUCAAGUUUGACACUGGAGAUAAGGAGGAGUCUGGCUGCCUUUCGGCGAACCUCGCUCGGGGACUCUCCCGGGUCCUAGCGCCGUCCGAUGGAAACGCAGAAGGAGCCCUGGGCAGCGGGUGGCUCGCCACUGACCGUCGGGAGCGCGGGAGGGGGCUUUAUAACAUCCAUCUAUGUGGGCUGACUGCUCCUACUGUGAAGCAGGUGAGUGGUUUUGCUAGCUGCCAGCUGAGCCAGCCUUCCCCGGGCCCUGAAGCUCCCUUCAGCCCCAGCCUGGCCGCCCCCACGGGCCACCAUGCAGACUCUGGCACCUUAGCCCUCGCUCCCCAGGUGGUGGUGAGGCAGGAAGUUGGGCUGCCUGAGCCUGCCCCCCAGCAACUCCUGGGCCCCCGAGGCUCUGGCCUCACCAAAGGGGUCUUACCUCCCACCCUCAUCACUGACUCCACUGGGACCCACCUUGUGCUCACCAUGACCAACACCAAUACAGACAACCCAGGCCUGCCCAGUGCUAGUCCUCAGCAGUCUUUAUCCCCGCCUGGCUCUCCAGCCCCUGGCCGCCCCGCCCAGAUGGACUUGGAGCCCCCUCUGCAGCCCCUCUUUGGGCCCCCAGUAUCUCUCCUGAAGAAGGAGCCUGACUAUGAGGAAGCCGUGAGUCAGCAGCCUAAACCGCAGGAAAAUGGCUACUCAAGCCAGCAGAUGGAUGACCUGUUUGAUAUCCUCAUUCAGAGUGGAGAGAUCCCAGCUGACUUCAAGGAUCCAGCAGCACUUCUGCCUGAGGAGAAGCCCACUGUACCCACCCCGCCCUGCACCGAGCUUCCAUCUGCCGUGUACCCUCUGUCGGGCUCACCUGCCCUCCCUGGGCGGCUGGAGGACUUUUUGGAAAGCAGCACGGGGCUGCUCCUGUUGACAGGAGGGCAUGAAGGCCCGGAGCCCAUCUCCCUCAUCGAUGACCUCCACAGCCAGAUGCCGAGCAUCUCCGCCAUCCUGGACUACCCACCCUCGCCCAUGGACACCGCCGAAUUGAACUUUGUGCCUGAGCCCAGUGGCCCUGUGGGCCUGGAACUGACCGAUGGGCCCCUGGACGGCAUGGACUGGCUGGAGCUGUCAGGCGGCCAGGUGCUGAGCCUGGCUCCCCUCAGCACAACAGCCCCCAGCCUCUUCUCUACAGACUUCCUCGAUGGCCACGAUCUACAGCUCCACUGGGAUUCCUGCUUGUAG